GGUUUACCAAGUAUUGUAAUUGCACAAUCGCAUGGAAUAUCUUCCUUUAAAAGAGAUGGUCUUGAAAUCUGUCAGACCCUGGAGAUAACUGGAAGCUUCAGAAAUGAAGGUUUUUCUGAUUGGGUUCUUGAGCCAAGCUCUGCUUUGUUCACUGGUCCUUGGCCACCAUCUGAAUGGAGAACACCACGAUGAUGAUCACGAUGAUGACCACCAUGCUAAAAAGAUAAAUCCUAUCCACCGCAUAGCACCAUAUAAUGCCAACUUUGCAAACAAUCUCUUCUCACAUCUAGCUGCUAAAUAUCCCACCAACAACCUCUUCUUCUCUCCGCUAAGUAUUUCUGUAGCAUUUAGUAUGCUCAGUCUUGGCGCCAAGUCUCACACCCACAGUCAGAUCCUGGAAGGACUUGGAUUCAAUACCUCUGCUCUCCUGGCAGAAGACAUCCAUAAGGGUUUCCAGCAGCUGCUGCACAUUUUUAGUCAACCUAAUGAUGACAUCCAACUCAGUAUGGCAAACGCUCUAUUUGUUAACAAAGAGAUAAAACUUCUGGAGAAGUUUUUAGAUGAUGCCAAGAACUACUAUCAUUCUGAAACAGUUCCUACAGAUUUCCAGAACUCAGAAAAAGCAAAAAAUCUAAUCAAUAAUUAUGUGGAGAAGAAAACCAAUGGGAAAAUCAAAGACUUGCUGGACAGUGUGGAUCCAGCAACAGUUUUAGUCCUCCUAAACACGAUUUUCUUCAAGGGAACAUGGAAGACUGCUUUCAAUAAGAAUCACACAAGGGAGGGAGACUUUCACGUGGAUGAGAACACGGUUGUGAAAGUGCCAAUGAUGACCCGUCAAGGGGAGUACCGUGUGGCUUUCAUACAGGAGCCAGAAUGUAAAGUGGUCGAGGUCCCAUACAAAGGAAAUGCCUCUGCAAUCAUAAUAUUGCCAGAUGCUGGGAAACUGCAUGAGGUGGAACAGGCUCUCCGGAACGCGUCACUGCAGACAUGGACCAAACUACUGAGACCAAUGCGACUGCGUUUCUCAAUGCCAAAAUUUUCAGCUUCUAGCACACUUGAUCUUAAAACUGAGCUAAGUGAAAUAGGCAUCAAGGAAAUAUUUUCUGGUAGUGCUGAUCUUUCUGGGAUUACAGGAACCCCCCUGAGGGUGUCAGAGGCUGUACAUAAGGCUGUGCUGAAUAUGGAUGAGGAGGGGACAGAGGCUGCCGCUGCCACAGCUGUUACGGUGGUAAAAUUGAGUCUCGGCAUACACAUUACAGUUGAUCGGCCAUUCAUGUUCAUUAUUAAGGAUAAGAACAUUAACAGUGCUCUCUUCAUUGGAAGAAUCAUGAAUCCAGAGAAAUAGGUUUUAUGGGUCCUUUGUUGUCAAAAUACAGUGUAAAAGUUCAUUGCCUAUUAUUACUGGUUGUCUUAAAAAAAAAUAUUAAAACAAAAUAUCAAAAUA